AUGGUCAAAAACAUAUUUGCCAGGCCAAAAGAUGACUCGGCCAAUCCAGCGCCUCCAGAGGUGUACAACUGGAGGAUCUACGCUCUCGCUGCGUCUGCAGCUCUGGGAUCUUCCAUGUUUGGCUACGACUCAGCUUUUAUCGGAGGUACUCUGUCACUGCCCUCUUUCCAAGAACGAUUCAAUCUGGCUUCUGAGACCGGUACUGCCUUGGCAUCGCUGAAAGCAAAUAUCGUCAGCACCUUCCAGGGUGGUUGCUUCUUCGGCGUCCUUCUUUGUUAUUACAUGACUGAAAGACUUGGUCGUCGCUGGGUUCUCAUCUUGUGUGGUAUCAUCUUCAACCUCGGUGCCAUCAUCCAACUCGUUGCUGAUGGUAAACUGUCCUUCAUCUAUGCCGGUCGUGUCCUUACUGGCCUUGCUGUCGGUGCAUCUUCUAUGAUCAUUCCUGUCUACAUUUCUGAGUCCGGUCCACCUGCUAUUCGAGGACGUCUCAUUGGCAUAUUCGAAAUCUUCCUGCAGUUCUCGCAGAUCAUAGGCUUCUGGGUCAACUACGGAGUGAACAUUCAUAUUUCUCCAACAUCCGACGUACAGUGGCACAUUCCCUUUGGACUACAGCUUGCUCCUGGCACUUUGCUUGUUAUCUGCAUGUUCUUCCAGCCCGAGUCCCCUCGUUGGUUACUCAAUGCCGGACGAACCGACCAGGCUCGCAAGGUCCUUCAGCGUCUCCGACAACUUCCUGGUGAUCACGCUUACCUAAACUGGGAGAUCGACACUGUUCUGAACCAGAUUGAAGAGGAGAAAUCUAUGGGGGCUGAUAGGAGCUUUUUCGCGAAAUUGCGCGAGGUAGUAGGGCCUACCAACAGACCUCGUCUCCUUUUGGGUAUCGCUCUCAUGUUCAUCCAAAAUAUGUCUGGUAUCAAUGCGCUAAACUAUUACUCUCCCUCGAUCUUCAAGUCCAUUGGCUUCACUGGAACAAGUGUUGGACUCCUCGCAACUGGCAUCUUUGGCAUUGUCAAGGCGAGCGCUACAGGACUUUACAUGAUCUGGGGCGUCGACGCUCUUGGUCGUCGCCAGUCAUUGAUGAUUGGGUCAACUGGUGCAGCCAUUGCACUAUUUUAUCUCGGUAUAUACUCCAAGCUUUCGGGUUCCUUUGAUGCAGGAAUGGUCCCAGCAGAAAAGACCCCUGGUGCUUAUGUGGCCAUUGUUAUGGUUUACAUCUUUGCGAUCUUUUAUGCAAUCUCAUGGAAUGGGAUUCCUUGGAUCUUUUGUGCUGAAAUCUUCCCCAUGGCUAUUCGCUCUAUCUGCCUGGUCUUCACAACAUGUGCCCAGUGGCUUGGUCAAUUUAUUAUUGUGUACUCGACUCCUUAUAUGAUGAAGGACAUCACUUAUGGAACAUUUCUUCUGUUCGCAUGUUCAGUGGUCUUUGGUCUCUUCUUUGCUUUCUUCCUCGUUCCAGAGACCAAGGGUAUUUCUCUGGAGGACAUGGAUGUGCUGUUCAGCCGCAAGGGCAUGCCCCGUACAUGGCGUCGUCAAACAAAUGAUGUUAUCGCCCAACGACGGGCUGGGGAAGAAGUUUACAGUAAGCAAGGUGAGAGUGUUGUGCACGAUGAGAAGGUUUGA